GACGCUUUUUAACGUUUUAUGUCUUCUCUUCCAGUGUCACAAUGCAAUAUCAGCCUAAAGAAGCAGCGCGACAGAAGCAUCUUCAGUUCCUUAUUCUGCUGUUUCCGGAGCUACAAUGUCGAGCCGCCCAGCGCCAAUAACAACACCAGCCCCCUGCCCCCGCUGGUGGAAGAAAAUGGCGGCGUCCAGAAGGGUGAUCAGGCGCUGGUCAUUUCCAUUCCCAGUCCACCUACAAAAUACCUCCUACCAGAGCUGAAAGUGUCAGAUUAUGGGAAGAAGUGUGUGGUCAUUGACCUGGAUGAGACCCUAGUACACAGUUCAUUUAAGCCAAUUAAUAACGCUGACUUUAUUGUCCCCGUUGAAAUCGAUGGAACGAUACAUCAGGUGUAUGUAUUAAAGAGACCGCACGUAGACGAGUUUCUUCAGAAGAUGGGCGAGCUGUUCGAGUGCGUCCUGUUCACCGCCAGCUUAGCGAAAUAUGCGGACCCGGUGGCCGACCUGCUGGACCCUUGGGGCGUCUUUAAGGCGCGGCUCUUCAGAGAAUCCUGCGUGUUCCACAGAGGAAACUACGUGAAAGACUUGAGCCGUCUAGGAAGAGAACUGAGCAAAGUCAUCAUCGUGGACAACUCGCCGGCAUCUUACAUCUUCCACCCCGAGAACGCGGUCCCGGUCCAGUCUUGGUUCGAUGACAUGUCCGACACAGAAUUGCUCGACCUGAUUCCAUUCUUCGAAGGAUUAAGUAAAGAAGAGACCGUUUACAACAUGCUUCAUAAACUCUGCAAUAGGUAGCCCUUAUGGAGCGCCCCCCAGUGGACACAGCUCUCAUCAGCAGCAGCCACUCAUACGCUCUCAUUCGGACGCCCUUGUUUCCUCUCUUCGCUCCACAUUUGCGAUUAAACCAGAAAAAAAAAAUGCUUGAAGGAAGAUACAAGAAGAACCUCACCUGGUGCCAAGGUGGAAAGAUUUGUCGCCCUUGUUCUUCCCAGCAGCGUCUGAGAUGGAGACCAGUCCUGAAGAAGCUCCGCCCUCACAUCACCAUUUCUAAAGGAGUCUACGCCAGGCGGGGAAGGGGCAUGUUUUUUUCUUCUCUUAAAAUUUUUUUGGGUUUGUUGAGGAUGUUCAACACCGGACUUGGAAAUAUAUAAAAAAAAAAGCUAAAUAUUUUUAGAAAAUGCUUUUCACUAAUUUUCAUACAAUUAAUAAGAACUUUUCAAGCUUUUAUAAGAGACAAAAAACACCAAAUGUUUCAAAUUUACAAAGGAUGUAACCCCCACCCCGUCUUAUCCCAACCCCACCCCAAUGCUUGGCUAACGCUGCCCCUGCCCAUACACUAUGCAGUCAUUCCCCCCCCCCCCCCCC